AUGCAUUUUCCCUCAGGGGCUACCACUCUCCUUGCCAGCCUGGCUCUUGGUGUCUCGACUGUCAGUGCUGGCUUCAAUUCCGGAAGGUCAGACAACAUUGCUGUCUAUUGGGGUCAAAAUUCCUAUGGCCAAGGUAGCGGCAAUCUUGCUCAACAAAGGCUAUCAUAUUACUGCCAAAAUACCAAUGUAAACAUCAUUCCUUUGGCGUUUUUGAACGUCAUCGUCAACCCAACUACCGUCAAUUUUGCCAAUGCCGGCGAUAGAUGCAAUGUCUUCGCCGGUACUACUCUACUAAGCUGCCCCGAGAUUGAGGCCGAUAUCAAAACAUGCCAGGCAGCUGGCAAGACUAUUCUGCUGUCCAUCGGUGGCGCCACCUAUACUGAGGGCGGGUUCCCUUCUUCUGCGGCUGCCAUCACGGCCGCCAACAACAUCUGGGCCAUGUUUGGCCCCGUGCAGUCCGGCAGCACGGCGAAGCGCCCCUUCGGUACUGCCGUUGUCGACGGAUUCGACUUUGACUUCGAGUCCGUGACCACCAACAUGGCUCCCUUCGGGCAGCGCCUCCGGACGCUGAUGGACUCCGCCGGCGGUAAGAAGUAUUACCUGUCUGCUGCGCCGCAGUGCCCCUACCCCGACCAGGCCGACAAGGACAUGCUCGACGGUGCCGUGUACUUCGACUUCAUCUUGGUGCAGUUCUACAACAACUACUGCGGCAUUCAGUCCUUCACCCCGGGCACGUCAUCGCAGUUCAACUUCAACUUCGAGACCUGGGACAACUGGGCCAAGACGGUCAGCUUGAACAAGAACGUCAAGGUCCUCCUCGGCAUACCCGGCAACUCUGGCGCCGGCGCCGGCUACAUGUCCGCCUCGGCGCUCGCCCCCGUCAUCAAGUAUUGCAAGUCCUUCUCCAGCUUCGGCGGCGUCAUGGUCUGGGACAUGUCGCAGAUGUGGGCCAACACCGGCUUCCUCGACGGGCUUGUCUCCGACCUCGGCCAGAACGUCCCCGUCUCCAGCCGCCCGGUCACGAUGACGACCGCGGCCCCUCCCCAGUCUACCCCCAAGACCACAGGCUCGACCCCGGCCACCACCGCGUCGAACCCGUCGUCCAGCCUCGUGCCCCAGUGGGGCCAGUGCGGCGGACAGGGCUACACCGGACCGACCCAGUGCCAGCCCCCCUACGUCUGCGUCUACGGCGGCCAAUGGUGGUCAUCCUGCCAGGCCGGCGGCGCCCAGCAGCCGCCCUCGACGCUCAAGACGACCGCCAGGCCGGCGACCACGUCGAAUCCCACCACCCCUACGAACAACCCAUCCCCGGGCCAGGUCGCUGAGUGGGGGCAGUGCGGCGGCAUCGGGUACACGGGCUCCACCCAGUGCCAGUCCGGCCUCGUCUGCGUCAAGGGCGGGGACUGGUGGUCUUCGUGCCAGAAGUCGACCGGCCAGUCCGGGGGAGGUUCGAACCCCCCCUCCUCGGGCGGCGGCUCUCCUUCUACUGGCACCGUGCCGCAGUGGGGCCAGUGCGGAGGCAUUGGCUACACGGGUUCGACUGCGUGCAAGUCUCCUUAUAGAUGCGUGACGUCGAGUCAGUGGUGGGCUCAGUGCCAGUAA